UAUGUGGGUGAAAGAGAGAGGGCAAGACAGAUAGGAGGACAGAUAGAAAGAGACGGAGACGGUGCAAACGGGUGCGUGUAUCUCUUCGCCCGACACUACUACUUCCGUCUCUCUUCCUCGUUCGGCCGGCCAAUGUGUGCACGUUUUUGUCCUUCUCGUUCUCGCGCUAUGCCUCGAAAUGCCGUUUCACGCGCGAACAGGUUCAGUGCACGGUUGCUCUCGCGCGGGGCUUUUCGACCUUGCUGCCUCCUCGACGCUCCGGCUGAAAGGGACCGUUUUGGCCGUUUGUCAGAAUCGGGGGAAUGUCUUUGAGAAGCAUUUCCGGGCGUUGCUGCACGGCCACAUUUCACUCUUCUUUGUAACGUUAGCCGGUAGCGCGCCUUACUAGAGAUCCGGCGAUGCCGUCCUGGCUCUUUAAACGAGUCGGCCGCGAAGAUGCACGUAGCGCGCGCGGGCGUAUCUGUGUGCGAGCACACGUGUGACCGCGCGCAGCUGCGGCUGUGUGAUAUGUGUGCGCGCGCGCGCGCCCGUCAUGUACAUAUGUGUGUGUGUGAGUGAGUAAUCGAACGCUCACAUAACCGUCCCUCGUAUAUGCACCAACAAGAGAAAGAAAGAAGGAGAAAAAGAAAGAGCGCGCGCGUGCAUGAGAUCGCGACUUCAUUUCUUCGUUAUUCAUCCCGCCGCGAGAACGAUAUGAUACGAUACGAUAUGAUAUCUCGAGAGAUUCCGUGAACGCCCUUCUCGAUUGGUAUCCGCGCGAGGGACACUCUUGCACUUUCGAAGAGAUGGUGCAGAAGGGCGACUUCGAGUCGGCUUUUCGAUUCUCGAAGGUGCGCCGGAAAGAUGAUCAAACCGAGUGCGGCAGUCCCGCCAAUAGGUAGCCUCCGUUCCUGCUCAUCCUCGUGUGCCAUUGGCUGCGCUCCGCGACGAACUAUUCGAUAACGCUCUUCUCGAACCUCGUUCUUUCUCGUGUGUGUGAGAGAGAAAGAGAGGGAAUCGAGACUCCCCUGACGAUCGACGAGGCGAGGACGUUAACAGCUGAUCGCGCAUUACGUCAGACCGGGACGCCGGCUCCGCGCGUGUUUUCCGCAGGCUCGCGAUAAGACGGCUGAACAACACCGAGUAAGAGUGGCGGCAGAGUUACUUCUAAAUUCAUCUCUCUCUCUUUCUUUGUGUACGAUACAUCCUCGUCUCUAUUGGCCGGAACCUCCGGAUGACAAUCGGAGUCACAGAAGUCGAACACCGUGGAUAGGACGCACGCGGUAGAUCUCGCGAUCUUGAACGCGCGUACUUACCGUGAACGAACAAGUGAGACCAGAGGUUGGACGAAAAGCAGACAGACGGCAAGUGCAUUGUCGCGUCAUUACAUGGAUCAUACGUGCGCUCAUUCUUCCAUUUCCCAGCGAUAAACGUCGUGAUCGUCGUGCCAUUACACGACACACGUGUGUUCGGCUCAGCGACGGCUGCUCGAGCAGACUUGCGUCACGUAAUGAUAUAUGCAGCCGCGUACACGUCGGUGUAAUUACGAGAGAGAGCGACAUCAUUGUCAUCGGGAAGUUACGGAACGGCCGCAUGAGGGACAGACACAGACAGACGCCUGUCGUACACACGUUUGCCGCCUUGCGCACAGCGCACGUCCCAUGGGCGCCUGCUACUGCCGCUACCGCCGCCGCCGCCGCCGCCGCCUUCGUCACGGCGGUGGCGUUUCCUGCCUGUCCAUGGCGCACUGGGGACCCGGCGUUAGUCUCUACGUCGUAGCUGGCCGAGGCGCACGGAACAAGGACGAAUCGGGAUCGGCCGUGGGGUUGUCGGUAGCUCGUGAGCUUGGACGAUCCUCCGGUUGGAUGUGCCGAUGGGCUUUGUCAGUUGGAUCACUUUCUUCGGAGCAGCGAUUCUCAAGCACGAAUAGUUUACCGCCGCGAGAAUCUCGCCGAGGGAGGAAAGAGCCUAUCGCUAUGAGUCGCUAAGACAAGAUCACAUUGCCAGGAUGCCUCGGGUAAGGAGACAAGUGGUUCUGGAAGAUCCAACUGGGCCUGUUACGCCGGAUAUGACAGAAACGAAAUUGAUAAAAUCCGAAUACCUGGACGAUGGAUCCUUGGAUGAAGUCCAGAAGUCGGUGGAAGAGACACCAAGUCCACACUUACAAGAUCACCAAUAUGGACAAACACCUUCCUAUCAAAUGACCAGGAAACCCCCACAACCACCUCCACGAGCUGAGAUAUCAGUUCAGGCGGUAAAAAGAAGACUGAAUCUGGAGGUGGGGACAACUGGUCCCAGCCAACCGGCUUUCAAGGCUCCUAGAGGUAAACGCAGGAGAUCCGGCUCGAAUUCUCUGACCGGUCACACACCCACCAAAAGUAAAACUGUAGAAAGGACACGGUACGAUACGUCGUUGAGCCUACUCACGAAGAAGUUCAUCCACUUGGUGGAGAGCAGUCAGGACGGUGUGGUGGAUUUGAAUGUGGCGUCCGAGAAGCUGGAGGUACAAAAGCGUCGUAUAUACGACAUUACUAAUGUCUUAGAGGGCAUCGGUAUCUUAGAGAAGAAAAGUAAAAACAAUAUCCAGUGGAAAGGCGGUCAGUUGCCGAAUGAACGGAACGACAUCGCCGAUCUCAGCAGGGAGGUCGCAGACCUGGAAGCGAAGGAAAACACCUUGGAUCGAUUAAUCCAUGGUGCGAACAAAAACCUACGCGAACUCUGCGCAGACAGAAAAUACGCUUAUGUAACGUACCAUGAUUUACGUUCAGUCCCAAUGUACAAAGAGCAAGCUAUCAUGGCUGUGAAAGCACCGCCGGAAGCAACCCUCCAUGUUCCGCAACCCACGAGUAAUCUUGGCCAACAAAAGCUUCAGAUGCACAUGAGGUCGUCUCACGGGGAGAUAGAGGUGUUUCUGUGUCCCGACGACCCCGGAGUCAAAACGUCACCCUAUUCCGGAUACGCGACAACGCAAUCCGUGGUGCCUCAAUCAAAAGAAUCCGACAUACCUACUUCUUUACCCCCUGAACUGUUGAUUAAUAGAGAUGUCGACGUGCGAGUCGAACCAGUACCUUCCGACGAAAGUUCCCUGAACGCUCGCCUGUGUACCCCCAUAUCUUCAGUUAGCAGUUUAACAAGUAUGAAGGAUGCGUUCCUCUGCGAAUCCGACGAUUAUGGACCAAUGGGCGGUGGCAAGUUCCAAUUCCAAACGGAGGACCAAAUCAGCACUCCAGAACUGGAUAUGUUCGAUUUUGGAGAACAAUUGCUGGCUUUGGAACCGCCGCUUUCCGAGAACGACUACUCGUUCUCAUUAGGCACCGAGGAGGGUCUCGCGGAUUUGUUCGAUUUGAAAUUCUAGGAAUAUCAUCGUCGUCGCCACUAGAAACGUAAGAGAGCAUUCUCGUCUCUUUGGACCAUCACUCUGAGUUCGCCUCCCUGGUGCUCGAACGGACGGAGUCGCCUCGUCAGAUUUUUAAUGCGCCUUCGCGUCACACGAUAGGACAGUAGGUAACUUCGUUGCGUGCGCCGAUCUUUCCGAUAUACAAUUCGUGCGAUAUGCGAUAUCGCUUUUAUUUAUUUUACCAUUUCUUCCCGAGCGAACGUUUAUUCUCAUAUUUUACGAUUAACGUUAAUGAAAGAACGACAAAGUGAUUUAGUGAGGUCAUGCGCUAUAAAACGUCGUAUAUUUUCGAUUUCUACGAAUGAUUGUAAAUACAAACUAAUGUAUAAGCGAAAUAGUUUAUAUUCUGUUUGUACAUGAUUUUACUAAUUGGUCCAUUAUUAUGUAGUUUGUGUUAUGAGAGAAUUAUGCUGGAGUAUUUUAAUGCGUUCUUACAUUUACGUUCUCUUAUUACACGCGCAUACGCUUCGGAAUGUCUUGUGCUAUCAUUUUAUUACGGCUUCUUGCGGGGAUCGUAAGCUCUGGAUGUGGAUAAAUCGAACUGCGAGGCACAGGAAAAACAUAUCACGAAAUUGUUGGUACGUGCUUCCGGCUUGAUAACGAUUGAUGUCGAUUACGUAAUGAAUCGCAAAAGCUCCAGAGGGAAAGAGAGAAGGCGUUUUAUCCGUGCAAUCUGUAAUAAUAAAAGUUAUACUAAGUGAUAGGGAGAAGCGUAUAUUCGCAUCGGGAACGUAGGAAGAGAGAAGAAAUGUGUGUUUGUGUGUGUGUGAGGGAGAGAGAGAAAGAGAGGGAGAAAAUGAGAGGAAGAGGAGAGACUGCGUCAGAGGAAACGACCAAAUUGCUUUUCGUCAAUCGUGAAACGAAUGAGGCAGUCGAGAACCAUCAUCAAUUGGUUCUCUCUGAUCUAAAACUUCUAUGGAAAAAUUAGUUUUUUUUUCGAUUUUUCGACGUCGCGAACACGGAGACGAACUCAAAACGUGCAAGGAGCGAAGCAGACGCAUGGCAAUCUUGGAUUAUAUCGCUGCAGCGCGGAUAUGCGUAUUUUCAAUAGUCGGCGUCCGGACGAUUGUCAUCCGAGAUCCAUCUAUAUUCGCAGUACUACUUUGAACCUGAUCGCGGGGAUUUUUACAGAAAGACGUUCUUUUGCCGGUGGGCACUUGAAUUCUGUCGCGCGCACGCCGCCGAAGACGUUUCAUCGAGCGAGACUCGCGCGGAGUCACCUCCUUUCGUUCCUCGAGAGCUCAAGGAUACACUGGGGAAAUUAUCUCGUCUGGAAGUCCCUUAAGGAUGUACUCUAACGUACAACUUUAGUGUACGUCCAAAGCCAUAGUGCCUACAAAAUAAUGAACAUACCCUUCUGCAAUUGUAAAUACUUUACAAGCGUAACUAUACAAAUGUAAGCAUAUACACACACACACACAUACGUACGUAUAUAUAUGUACAUGUAUUAUAACAAUAACAAUAUAUAUAUAUGUAUAUAGAUAUAUUGUACACACAUACACACACACAUAUAUAUAUAUACAUAUAUAUAUGAAAGAAUAUAUAACAAUUCGAAUGUGUGUGGCAUAUUGCGAGCGCGUCGUUACAUAUAAUUACCGUAUACAUAAUCGGUUAACUAGUUACUUUUAAUUAUUCAUAUUAUUAUUAACGGUUAUUGCGACAUUAAGCGAGAUGAGAUGUUAGUUUAUAAUUUUACUUAUACAUAUAUAUGUAUAUGUAUACGUACAUAUAAUACGUACCUACAUUUAUAGCGAACGAAUGUUGUGCAGGAUAAUGAGACUGCCCGUUGCAUUGUGGACGCGUGUAAGCAAUUUUGCAAGACUUUCCGGAUUAUGAAAAGUGAGACCAAUAAAUGAACGAUAAUGCUCCGCAAUAUCUUUUUCGCGACAACCCUGUCACAAGACUUACAAAAAAUAUUUCGGCCUUCUCUCGGAUAUGUGGGACUCGAUCGUCUUUUUAAGUACCUAGAUAAAGUCAGUUUAUUGAUGUCACAGAUAUUUUAUGGACUUGGAGAUAGUUUUGCCUAAAAUCCAGAAAGAUUACGUGUAACAGUAUGUGAUGAAAUGAACGUCACAUUCGCGGAUUGUUACUUUGCACAACGUUCGCUGCUGCGGCUCCCGUUUGCAAUUACAGGGAAAAAUUAUAUUAAUCUUGUUUUCGUUUUCUCGAUUACACUAAGCGGCGUUGUGCACUUCUUUUUUUUCCAUAUGCCUAGUGCAACCAGAGGGUAAACAGUGACAAGUGAAGUGUGCGUGAAAGCAUGUGGCGUGAGUGCGUUAAAAUACGAGUGCAUUCGAAGUCUUUAUGUUAUCAUAUAUAGAAUAUACUUGAAAAUAAUUACUACCUCAUUAACUGCUAAUGGGGUCUGUUGACGGUGCAAAGUAUUGACAUUUAGACGCGUUUGGAGUGUCGAGGUAUUCUGCAAGAUUUAGGAAAAGAAGAACUUCGAAUGUAUUAUUUUUAUUUCUCCAAAGUAGUGUCUUCGCUUACGCGUCUUCGAGUUGUAUCGUACGCUUAGGAAACAAAAGCGAACGAGCGAGAAUCGCGUUCUUUCGCAUCCGAUCCAAUGCCUUUUUAUAGUAAUUCGCCAGCAAAGACGGCAACGUUUGUCAUUUGAAUUUUUAGUCUAAGAAUUACGUUCGCUUCUAGUAAUCUAUUAACAUAACUAUAUUCUUUCGUACGUUCAGCACACGAUUUAGUUUUCUGCGAGACGUUCCUUUUUAUACGAAUCUUUAUUUAAAUAUAUUGGUACAUAGAAGUGACGUCCAAAAGGAGAAUAAGGAAGAAAGCACAGAGGCAAAUAUUAUUCUCUAUCGGCAUAACGCGAUGAAUAUGUGACUCGUAUUGUUUGAAAGUAGUUCUUUGCCUUAGUUAUUCUCGAGGAACAGGAACAAGAGAUGACAAAGAGAGAACGAGAGAGUGUGUGUCGUGUAUGUGCGUGUAUGACGUGUGCGUGCGUGUAUCUGCGUGUGCGAAAGGAGCCCUUUGGUUCACCAUUGCGAGCGGUGUAGCUCUGCGAAAACCGCAUUUAUUAUGCGUGUACGCGCCCUUUUGAUCGGUAAAUUUGAGAGACUGUUCGGGAUCGAUGGCAAACAGGUUUGCAAACGCCGAUCGAUCGUUGUAAAGAGCGUAAGUGAAGUUGAAAAAAGAAAAUAUAAAAAAGAGAGUCAAGUCAGAACUACCAUUAUGACGAACGAACAUUUUGUCACAUUUUAACGGGUCCGGCCCGCCGAAAGAACACCGCAGAAUGAGAGAGAAGGGAGAAAGUUACGAAAUAUAAUCUUGUGUAACAUCGUA